CAGCAAAACAAAUCUUGCACUCGCAGCAUAAAUCUGAAAACUUUGUCGCUUAACGCGGAACUUGAGUUCGCGUUUUUAAAAACUCUACCUUUGCUUUUCCCUCUCGCCGGAAGAAUCUUGGUCUCAUCAGCAACGUCUCAAUCUCCAUUCCAAUGGGCGUGAAGAAUCUGUGGGACGUCCUCGAAUCGUGCAAGAAAACGGUUCCCCUUCACCACCUACAGAACAAGAGGGUGUGCGUGGACCUGUCGUGCUGGAUGGUGCAGCUUCACAGCGUGAGCAAGUCGCACGCCUGCGUCAAGGAGAAAGUCUAUCUCAGAGGACUCUUUCACCGUCUCAGAGCACUCAUUGCGCUCAAUUGCAGCCUCAUCUUCGUCUCAGAUGGAGCUAUUCCUGCCAUCAAAUUAUCAACCUAUAGGCGUCGCUUAAAUGUUGGAAAGGAGCAGGUACAGGUAGCACAAAAUGAAACUAACUUACAGAAAGCGACUUCAUUACAGAGAAACAUGGGGUCUGAGUUUUCUUGCAUGAUCAAAGAGGCUAAGGUCUUGGGGAUGGCUCUUGGCAUUUCUUGUUUAAAUGGGAUUGAAGAAGCUGAAGCUCAGUGUGCUUUGUUGAAUUUUGAAUCAUUAUGCGAUGGGUGUUUCAGUUCAGAUUCAGACAUAUUCCUUUUUGGUGCAAGGACAGUAUAUAGGGAUAUCUGCCUUGGAGAUGGUGGAUAUGUUGUUUGUUAUGAGAUGACAGAUAUUGAAAGAAAACUUGGAUUUGGAAGGGACUCAUUGAUUGCUCUCUCCUUGCUUCUUGGCAGUGACUAUUAUCAAGGAGUUCAUGGUCUGGGUCCAGAGUCGGCUUGUCAGAUAGUCAAAUCAAUUGGAGACAAAUAUAUUCUUAAGAAAUUUGCUUCUGAAGGACUUGGAUGGGUCAAAAAAAGAAAAGGAGGUAAGAAUGAUUUAUGGCCGGAUGAUAACAUUUUACAAGUAAUUAAUGCUUAUAUGAAGCCAAAAUGUCACCAAGCAGAUUCAGAUAUUGUGCACAAGGCUCUUGCUCAAUAUCCAUUUCAACGUACUAAACUCCAGCAGAUAUGUGUUGGAUUCUUUGAGUGGCCUUCAGAGAAAACAGAUGGGUAUAUCCUUCCAAAUAUAGCUGAAAGAAAUUUACGACGAUUUGCCAAUUUGCGUUUAACUUCAUCUGAAGUUGGACUGAACCUUCCUUUACAUGAGAUCCCUGUGAAGUGUCCUGUGUCAGAAAUCAUUAAGAGCCGAAGAGUUCAAGGGAGAGAAUGCUACGAGGUUUCUUGGGAAGGAAUGGAUGGACUUGAAACUUCAAUAGUACCUGCAGAUCUUAUAGAAAGUGCUUGUCGUGAGAAGAUUUUGGAGUUCGAGGAAAGAAAAGCUCAACGGAAGAAACAAAAUAUUCAGAAAAGAAAACCAAAGAAAAAGGAAACUAAUUCAUCUGUGGCAGAGCUUGAUCUAAAACUUCAGAAUUUGUUGCUUGAUAUUAAUUUGAGAGACGAAGCCAACUUCAAUGCCUCUGAUUCUUCAGGAAGGAUAUCAAGAAUUACAACUGAUAUGGCUGAAGCUGAUCUGAAUACCACAGACUUGUUGCCCCUAUCACAUGACAUAGAACACACUGGGUUAAUUCAGAAUUCUAGCAGUGAGGUGGUUUCCAGUAUAGAUAAAAAUGAGAUCAUAGAUCUUCUGAGCCCUUCCCCACCUAAGAAAUCCAAUUUAUCCUCAAAAUGUCAGCAAUCAAGUGACCAACAUAUUGAAGUGAUUAAUUUGAGUGAUUCAGAAAAUGACAUGUCCGUUGAACACAAGCAGAAAGCGAAGGAGCUGAGAUUGUUCUUAGCUAGUAUUAGGAAUGAAAUUCAUUGAACAAUGUUUGUACAAGUAAUAUAAAAGCAGGUUUUAUUAGUAUUGAUAUCACACAUUUACUAGA